AUGGUCGGACAAGAGGAAUUUCUCACCAAGGAAGAAUGGGCAAAAGUGGUGAAGCGCCACUUGGGCACCAACCAGUUCGAAGUGCUUAGCAUCAGGUCCGUGCUGGAGAACGGCGGCGAAGACAUGAAGUGGUGCUGCAAGUGCUACUACACCAGGCCAGACGUCAUCGUCUUCGAGGACGUCAGCCCGCUGGGGUUCCGCGUGUUGGACCGUGCGGUGAAAUUCGGUUUCCAGCACUGCACUACGGUGCUGAAGGCGUUGGCCAACCUGCACGCGGCGUCGCUCAUCUUUGAAGAGAAGCACCCGGCGCCUGGCUACCGCGUGACGGCGGACUACGAGGCCGAUCUGAAGGAGCCCUUCUUCCUACUGCGACCCGGGCACCCGGGCACGCUGUGGCUGGAGUCCGGCGUGAGGGUAUUGUGGAAACUUGUGGAGGAAAUCCGAGGCGCCGACGCCCUACAAAAGAUGAAAACCCAGAUCCAAGACGUGAUGUACACCUUCUUCGAACUGGUGAAAACGUCGGACCGCUAUCGUAAUGUGAUUAGCCACGGAGACAUGUGGAGGAACAACAUUUUCUUCCGACUCGAGGAAGGUGAGCCUGUGGAAGCGCUCAUGUGCGACUAUCAGAUCACUCGCUACACGCCGCCGGCCAACGACGUCACGUGUUUUUUGUACCUGGGAACCUCCAGGGCGUUCCGGGAAGAGCAUUACCCCCAGCUGCUGGAAUUCUACCACGACCAACUGUCGCAGAAUCUCCGGCGACAUGACAUAGAACCCGACAGUGUCCUGUCGUGGGAGGAGUUCAAGAACUCAUGUGAACACUACAAACCAAUGGGUGCCAUGAUUACGUGCUUGUACAGUGUAAUCACUUUUCUCAGCAAGGAUGAUUUGAAGCCUGUAAUGGAAUCUUCGAAAGACUAUGAAAGAUUCAUUAAGCAAGACAGAAUCCCUGAAACCAUGCACGCUUUCAAGAACGACAGUUUGUACCGCGAGAAGCUCUCUGAAGUGGUAGAAGAAUUUAUUGAAGUUUGCAUUGAGAAGAAUUAAUACUAAAGGGUUUAGAAAACUAAAUAAGCAGUGACCAACUCUCUUUAUAAAUUAAAGGAAAUGUAUAACUUCCAUUGAAAUUGCUUUUUUUAUUAAUAAGAAUGCCAAGUUAGAUGAGAAUGAAGGAUAGAUUAAGAGGGAAUCUUAAUGAUUUAUAAAGUGUCGAACAGUCUUAUAAAUAUAAAAAUGCAAUAUAAAUUUACAACAACAAUUAAAAACUUUUUUGUUAUUUAAAUCGGCAGUGACUUAAAAUGGGUAAUUUUUGUAGCAUGCAAUUAUUGCUGAACAAAUAAAAAAACAUACAUGUCGAAUUGUAUGACUCCCCUCUUUAGAAGUCAGUUAAAACUAAAUGAAGGUGUUUCUGUGAUAAUUACUCAAAGAAACGAAACCACAAAAUUUGUCACAAUUUUUAAAAACAAUUAUUGGAAAGGUAGACAUUUAAAGCGUUUGGUGUGUAUGUGAACGUGGUAUUUUAUACAAUGAGGAAUGAAAAAGCAAGAAAACAGUUAUGAUAAAAACUGAAUUGCGUAAAUAUAUCCAUUACUGUCAUUACUUUUACGUAUUUCUGCCUUUUCAAUAUUCAAGAAAAAUAAAAUUAUGACUAAACGUAAUUGCACUUUUCGUCUCGAAUCUAUAUAUCUAGAAACAAAAAGGGGCGUUGAAAAAUACAUUCAGACAGAUGCAUGUUCUCGCACGUGUAACAAAUUUCAUUCGGUUGUUUGCGGAAAGUA